AUGGGCAUCUGUGGUAGCAAACAGAAAACUGUUGAUCACAACAGCAAUAACAACCUCAAUAAUAAAGAGAUAACAAUGUCAAGAGCUCAAACUGUGAGAAACCAAAAACAAUUAACUCAAGCUGUGUCUACAAAACCAAAGCAAAAACCAGACAAGAAAACACAACAACCUAGAAACACCAUAAGUUCCAAGGGAAACAUCGUUGGUACGAAUAAUACUCUCAAUCAGAGUACUUCUAACAUAAAUAGUACAGGAGUGGUAGAUACCAAGAAAUUGUCACCAAGGGAAGCUGCUAGAUUGGCAGCUGAGAAAAGACUUGAAGAGUCUACCAAAGAAUUGACAAAGGGUAAGUUGGGUAAGAAACUGGCGGAGCAACGUGGUUUGAGGGCUCAAUAA